CCAAAACAGAUGACGCAAUACGGACGUCAGGUUUCCUGUGUUCGGGUUCCGGGUUUAGUUAAAAACAUUAACGAUCCAGGAACACCAGCAGCAACCGAGACAUAGCGUUAAUAUAACGUUAACGCACAGUGAGAGGUUUCUAUUCUAUAACAACCGUCGGAGCUCUGAACGGAGAUGAGACGGUGUCUUCAGGUUGUGUUGCUGUUCGUGUUGGUGGGACUCAUCAAGAGCUGGGACGAUGGCAGCGUGCUGCUGCGGGACGUCCAGGUGUUGACUCUGUACAGGGAUCGCCAAACCACAGCGAGGCGCUCCAGCCCGGUGCCUCAGCUCCAGUGUGUCGGAGGCUCGGCGGGAUGCCGGGCCUUCGUCCCAGAGGUGGUCCAGUGUCAGAACAAAGGCUGGGAUGGAGUGGAUGUACAGUGGGAGUGUAAGACUGAUAUGGACAAUGCCUACCGAUUUGGUCGCAUUGAGGUGAGCUGUGAGGGCUACAGCAACCCUACUGAUGCCCACAUACUGAAGGGCUCCUGUGGGCUGGAGUACACCCUGGAACUGACCAAAGAGGGCCAGAGGACCACACAAGGCAGCCGGGGUUCCGACAGUGGAUUCAUGGGAUCUGGAGGUCUCGGGGGCUUUGCCUCCAGUUUCUUCAGUGGUUUCUCUGGAAACAAGCAGCAGAGCCAGCAGAGCCAGCAGAGCCAUCAGAGCUCUUACCCCUCAAGUGGCGGGGACUCGGGAGGCCUGGUGGUGGUCGCUGUGCUUCUGCUCUUAGGCUACGGCAUCUACAAGCUGUUCCUCAGCGGGAACAACACGUCCCAGUGGGGGCAGGACAGCGGACAGGCCGGUUACCCCGGAGAUAAUCGCCACGGCUCCACAGCAGGACCGCCGCCCCCGGGAUUCAGACCUGACUUCACAGGCAAUCCUGGUGGCAAUCCUGGUGCCAACCCUGGCUACGGUUUCCACAGUGACUACACUCAGAGACAACAGUACCCAGGAGGCGGAGCUUUUCCUGGCACAGGCACAUGCGGAGGCACAAGCAGAGGCACAAGCAGAGGCACAGGCGGAGGCUUCUGGACCGGCAUGGGAACAGGAGGGAUGUUGGGAUAUCUCUUUGGCAGUCAGAGAAGCCAGCCCUACAACUCUAACUACUCCUCUUACACCGACAACAGACGUCCUUCGCCUGGACACUCCCCCUCUUCCUCUGGGACACGUACUGCUUCAGGUUUUGGAGGAACCAAGAGGAGAUAGAAGUUGUGGAGGUGGCCAGAUGACGGACGGCACUGAGAAUAAUGAAGAACAAGCUCAGCGUCGGCUGGUGGAAGGUCAAACAUGACAAAAGCACCAUGAGAAGACCUUCUCUUAAUGCAAGAUGAACUUGUCCAACAACAUAGUAACAUAUCUACUCAGGUUCUACGUUCCUCUGGAGAGCUGUGACAGGAAGCACCGGCUCUUUUUUAGUUUUUCUGUGAAAGUGUGGUUUGAGCUUUAGCCGGGUAUUAGUAUGUUAUUACUUUUAUGUGUUUUAAGAAGAUGAUCUUGCAGUUGUUCAUUCACUCAAUCAGCAUUUUGUAGGCAAGAUGACAUAAUUCAGACACAGAUAUCUAUGAAAACUGUAACACCUUUUGCAUUCAGGCAGAUAUGGAGAAAAGAAUAUGUACACACCAGAGGCAAGAAUCAUGACUUUAAUUAUGUUACUUAUCGGUAAAGCUCUUUAUUUGCUCCUACCGGCUAGCCCUCAUACCUUUGCUUUCCAUGUCAUUUAAUUAAUUCAGUUUGAAUGUAUAUAGCAGUUUGAAUUUGAACCUUUUGAAGUGUUUUAUUAAAGGCCCAGACACACCAACUCGACAUCACAGAACUAGCGGCGACGAAGGCCGAUGAUCAGAUGAGAUGAAGAUGAACAAUGAGAGGAGCCUUCUGUGUGUAUCCUCUUGACUUUCCUCACUUCUGUUUCUCUUCUCGUGCACUGAUUCAUUUAAUCUGAACAGCCAAUCAGAGUGAUUUCUCUCACCGACGGGGCCGGGACACACCGCAAAAAGAGACACUCACGGACGGUCGGCUCGGUGUGUCAGGGCCUUUAGAGGACAUGUUAUUUUGAGGAUAUGAUGUGUGAUAUUUUUGUAAUUAGCUAAUAAAUAAUAGAGAAACCAAAAAAA